AUGUUCAACUUCACGCCCCUACUGGGCGCACAGAGCUCCUCACCCGCGUCGCAGUCGUUGCUGGAGUUCGAUGGAGGCAUACAAAUCUUGAUCGAUGUUGGCUGGGAUGAAGAUUUCAGUGUAGAGAAGCUCAAAGAGAUAGAGAGACAUGUCCCCACCCUCUCAUUCAUCCUGCUUACUCACGCGACCACUGCGCAUCUCGGAGCCUACGUCCACUGCUGCAAGAACUUCCCUCUGUUCACGCGAAUCCCCGUCUACGCGACCAACCCCGUCAUAUCGCUCGGCCGGACGCUGCUCCAAGACCUGUACGAAUCCACGCCGCUCGCCUCGUCCAUUAUCCCCACCGAAGCUCUCAGCGAGUCCGCAUACUCCUUCUCUUCGGCGCUCACGGGUGGAAAGAAUCCCAACAUUCUUCUCCAGGCGCCUACGUCGCAAGAGAUUGCCGAUUACUUCGCGCGCAUAAAUCCGCUUCGAUAUUCCCAACCGCAUCAACCCAUCCCUUCGCCGCAUUCGCCUCCGCUCAAUGGUCUCACCAUUACCGCAUACAGCGCUGGACACACGUUGGGAGGUUCAAUAUGGCACAUACAGCACGGGAUGGAGUCGGUCGUCUAUGCCGUCGACUGGAACCAAGCCAGAGAGCAUGUCCUCUCCGGAGCUGCUUGGCUCGGAGGGCCUGGCACUGGUGGCUCUGAAGUUCUGGAGCAGUUGCGCCGUCCAACUGCCUUGAUCUGCAGCAGCAAAAACACCAGUAUGGUCAAGGUGGCUAGAUCGCCCAACAAGCGAGACGAGGCCCUCCUCGAGAUGAUUCAAGACACAGUGGCCAAGGGCGGAACCGUCUUGAUCCCCUCAGACUCGAGUGCUCGUAUACUGGAACUGGCCUAUCUUCUUGAGGAAACAUGGGAGCGGGAGGCAACAAACGCCGAAGGGGGCGGUUCACUACAAAGCGCAAAAGUCUAUCUUGCGAGUCGAACGGGUGGUGCAACAAUGCGAUACGUACGCAGUAUGUUGGAAUGGAUGGAGGAGGGCAUCGUGAAAGAGUUUGAAGCCAGCGCUGCGGAUCAAGAUCGGAGGAACAAAAGCGGCAAAGAGGAAGACCGCGCCAGAGUCCCGUUCGACUUCAAACAUAUCACACUGGUUGAGCGCAAGACCCGCGUAGCUAGGAUGCUAGGCGCCAAUGGACCGCGAGUGAUACUAGCAAGUGAUGCGACGCUCGAGUGGGGAUUCUCUAAAGAUGCUAUUCGAAGCCUGGCGGCCGACGAAAAGAACUUGGUCAUCCUCACUGAAAGAGCUGGCCAACUGGGCGCUCAGAAGAAGGGUCUCGGCCGAUAUCUCUGGGAACUGUGGAACCAGCGCAACGCUUCGCCAGGGCAUGACGCUCCUUCUACAACCAUAGUCGACGCCGCGGGCGAUCAAGCGCCGCUCAAUACUAUACGGACAGUCGCACUCGAGGGAGACGAGGUUCCGCUUUAUCAGCAGUUCCUUGCCGGCCAGAGACAACGGCAAACUACCAUGGGCGGUGAUAAUGCAGCAAUGCUCGAAACAUCCGCUGAUGUUGUCGACGACCGAUCAUCCACCGAGUCAGAGAGUUCGGAAGGCUCUGGUGAUGGAUACCGAGGAAAAGCCCUCAAUGCGACCGUCGCUCUUCAACAUGCACGAAACAAGCUUGGCAUGACAGACGCGGAAUUGGGUGUCAACGUACUCUUACGCCGCAAGAACGUCCACGACUAUGAAGUCCAAGGAAAGAAAGGAAAAGAGAAGAUGUUCCCGUUCCAGGCCAAGAAGCGUCGAGCGGACGACUUUGGUGAUCUGAUCCGACCCGAAGAUUUUGCGCGCGCAGAAGAGGAAGACAACACUGCUGGGGAAGCUCUUCGUGGGGAGGGAACCAAGAAGGAGAACGCUGUUGGCCAGAAGAGGAGGUGGGACGACCUACUGAACAACACCGACACUAACAAGGCCAACGCCAAUCAAAAACGACGGAAAGACAAAGAGGCUCGAGAAGGCGAGGACGGAGAAUCGGACAGCGAACCAGAAGACGAUCCGGACAAAGUGGAAGGCCCAUCGAAAGUCAUCAUUGAGUCGGAAACCCUGGAAAUCCGGUGUCGCAUUGCCUUUGUCGACUUUUCAGGCCUACACGACCGCCGCACGAUUCAACAGCUUAUCCCACUUAUCAAGCCUCGCAAGCUCAUCUUCGUGGGUGGUGAGGAAGGCGAGACUCUGGAGCUUGCAGAGAUCAGUCGCAUAGCGCUGAACGCAAACACCGAUUCUGCCAACGCCAUCGAUGUCUUCACACCCACAGUCGGCGUGAUGAUCGACGCCAGUGUCGACACGAACGCCUGGAGUGUCAAGCUCAGCCGCAGUAUGGUGCGCAACCUCCGUUGGCAGAACGUUCGCGGCAUGGGUGUCGUCGCCAUCACUGGUCGUCUCGCAGCUGCAAGCCUGGAGCCAGAAGUCAAGGAAGAGGCAGAUACGCCUGCGAAGAAGAAGGCGCGACUCGACGCCCCUGCCGUUCCCGUAUCUAGCGACAAGAAUGACGAGACACCCAUUCUCGACGUCGUUCCUACGAAUAUGGCUACCGCUGUUCGAUCCGUUGCACAACCUUUCCAUGUCGGCGAUCUUCGCCUUGCUGAUCUGAGGAAGCUCAUGAAUGCUAAUGGCAUGCAAGCCGAAUUUAGAGGCGAGGGCGUGUUGGUCAUUAACGGAACAGUAGCUGUGAGGAAGACAGCUACUGGUCAGAUUGAGAUUGAUGGAGGGGCGUAUGGUAAUCUGGAUCCAAGGAAUAAUGAUGCAGCGACUUUCUCUAGGGUCAGGAGGCAGAUAUAUGAGGGUUUGGCUGUAGUUGCCGGAGGUUGA